CUUCUCGACGGGCAGACACUGCGCAGACACCGGAAACGGCACACCGGGAGCAGUGCACCGUUCGCCCCGCAGCUCGCCUCGGCUCUCGCUCCUCGGUGCGGAGGAACGCAGCGAUGAAGAACCCGCUGCAAAAAGUCCGAGUUUUAACCUGACUCGGCUCCCGUUGUUUAUGCAGCGCGGCGCUGCGUUAACGGUUAGAUAACGUGAAGUUUCACUGUAAUCUAUGUCGUGAGGUGGAUUAACUCAGUGCCGAAUUAACCUCUGGAUACCUUCCGUUGUUGCACAUUUGUAUUUUUCUCUGUCCUUGAGUUUAAGGAGUCAGAGCCUUGGUCGUCUUAAAUCCACUGUUUUCUGAACGGAGUUUGGCAUAGCUUGUUUGUUUGGCAUACAGAGAAGAAAGGAAGUGGCUGCAGAAGUUUGUUGGUGCGAAAUGCUGAUCUAGAGCUCUGCUUUAGACUUCAGCAAGGAGUUCAAAGGUGAAAGUCGGCUGCUGCACCCACACUGAUCCCAUCCAGGGCCAAACAUCAAUCUGCAACCUCCCAGAGCAACACAGGUGUCUGAAGCGGAGCGGGUGGAGUUUACUGUGAGCAGAUCUUUAUCUCCUGCUUUCAAAAGAAAAGAAAAAUAAGGACGAGAUGCCGUCAAACAAAUCUGUGUCUGACGCUCCGAUCACCCAGUUCGUCAACUGCAGGAUCCUGAGAGAACACAAGUUACAGAGAGAGGACCUGUGGGUGCGCGAGGGGAAGAUUCUGGACCCAGAGAAGCUGUUCUUUGAUGAGCAGGGCUACGCAGACACACGGGUGGACUGUGAAGGCAGCAUCAUGGCCCCGGGCUUCAUCGACACGCAGAUCAACGGUGGUUAUGGGAUGGACUUCUCGCAGCCGUCUGACGACGUCAACGCCGGAAUUUCCUUUGUGGCGAAAAAGAUCCUGGAACAUGGCGUGACGUCCUUCUGUCCUACGCUGGUCACCUCCCCUCCCGCCGUCUACCACAAGGUGCUGCCUCAGAUCAAGGCUCACAGCGGGGGGCAGCAUGGAGCCGGGGUUCUGGGGGUCCACCUGGAGGGUCCGUUCAUCAGCUCGGAGAAGAAGGGAGCCCACCCGGAGAAGUACCUGCGUACCUUCCAGUCCGGAGGCAUGGCUGACCUGACGGAGACCUACGGCAGCCUGGACAACGUUACCGUGGUAACGCUGGCUCCCGAGCUGGCCGGCAGCCAAUCGGUGGUGAGGGAGCUCAGCGCCAGGGGCGUGACCGUGUCUCUAGGUCACUCGGUGGCGAACCUUUCUCAGGCCGAAGACGCCGUCCAGCACGGCGCGUCCUUCAUCACUCACCUGUUCAACGCCAUGCUGCCUUUCCACCACCGGGACCCGGGAAUCGUGGGCCUGCUGACCAGCGACCGGAUCCCGCCGGGCCGGACGGUGUUUUACGGGAUGAUCGCCGACGGGAUCCACACCAACCCGGCGGCGCUGCGGAUCGCCCACAGAGCCCACCCCUCAGGCCUGGUUCUGGUGACGGACGCCAUCACGGCCAUGGGUCUGCCGCCCGGCCGCCACACCCUGGGCCAGCAGGUCAUCGAGAUCCAGGGUCUGCACGCCUACGUGGCAGGAACCAAGACGCUGUGCGGCAGCAUCGCCACCAUGGACAUGUGUGUGCGGCACUUCAAGCAGGCGUCAGGCUGCAGCAUGGAGGAAGCUCUGGAGGCCGCCGCGUUGCACCCGGCCCAGCUGCUGGGAAUCAGCCACACCAAAGGGAAGCUGGACUACGGCGCCGACGCAGACCUGGUCCUCCUGGAUGACGCUCUGAAUGUGAAGUCCACCUUCAUCUCUGGAGAGAAGGUUUGGUCCAGAACACCAUAGAAGAAGAAGAAGAAGACGCUGGGAGCCGCUGUGCCUUCAUACAAAGCAAUCCAGACACUCCGCCUUUCAUUCUCAUGUUUUUGGAUUAAACUGCUUUAA